AUGAAACUUGAUGGUUCAAAAAAGAGUAAAAUUUGGGGUUUUUUAAAGCGCCCCAAAGCAUAUUCAGUAGCACUGCUGCUGAGUAGGCUGAUCUUAUCGGUAUGCCAAUCAGCCGUUUCAUUGGACACUUGGACAAAAUUCGCAAAGCUCUCGCGUGUUACAGAUGAUAUUGAUAUGGCACUAGAGACUUUAGAGGAGUAUACAGGAGAUUUGAAUUGGGUUCCAGUCCCCGAUAAACCAACAAACGGACCUGAGCUGUAUGGACUUAAUAGGCUAUUUAACUUGUAUUUGAUAAGACUGUCACAUUAUUUUCAUGGACGAAUUACAACUUUUUUGGUGUACUUUCCUUCAUUUAUCUUUGGAGUUCUUUUGCUCUUGACAUUGUUUGACAUUUCUGCAAUAAUUUGGCGGAGAGGAAGGGUAAAAUUGCCCAAGUUUUACCUGCUUUUAAGGUUUAUUUUGUACUGUGUACUAUUUCUCCUUGUGUUCUCCCAGUUCAUGUUCCUGUUGUACUAUAAUAAUUCGCUGUGCUCGAUGGAGGGAUUGUAUCCAUUUCUGUUUGUAGAUUCGGGAGAUGAAAACGCCAGAGUUGAGUUUCUACGCAAGGGUUCAUGCGGUUUCUCCCACAAGUUGAUAUUGACAUAUGUGAUGUCAUUUUUAACUCUGCUGCCAGACGCAUUUUUGAUACUUAUUUCAAUUCUGCCAGCAUUUAGAAGUUAUUCACUUCUGAAUGGCAUGAAGUACUUUGGGUCAUUUUUCCUAUUUGUAACGGUAUUUAUAGCUCUGGACACGAGAAGGUUCGUAUCUCUGGGCCAGAGCGCUAAAAUUUUAGAUUUCGCGGCUGAAAAGUAUAAUGAACAAGCCAUUCAAGCAGGUAGAUAUGGGUCAGUCAUCAAACUACUAAACAAGUCAAAGUCGACGAAAAUGGUUAAUAUGAAAGAUGUGAUUACAUUUAGAGUAUUUGCUUCAUUGAAGGAACAUUUAUCUGGACCAUUAGUUGAAGCUAAAUUUAGACUUCAAGAUAGUAAAUUGGGAUCUGUGAGAAAUUUGGUACACUUCAAUUUUGCUAAGCAGUUGUACGCUCAAUCCAAACAUUCAAGUUUUUACUUUUACUCUGCAGGACUGUACAUUAGUGUAAUGACAAUAAUUGACGCUAUCGUAGGUACCGUGUUGAUAGUCAAGCGGCACAAAUUUCUACUUCCAAUUGUUGUAAUUGUGAACUUUUUCUACUUUUUCAUCAACGUGGUUCAUUGUAUCAUGUUACAGUUUCCCAUGGAACUUUCAAACCUCUUCUGCAAGGUAACCCAGUACACCACCGAUGAACACGGAAUACUCUUUGAAACACUCGCACUCUCUAACCUAACAUGCAAUGUCAAAUACAUCUACAACUGCACAUUCGCACUCGUUAUCUUCCUCGCCGUACUCGGAUUCGCAAAUGUAGUUAAUUUGUACUUUAUACACAAAGCACAUUAA